UGUGAUGGGACGGCGGCGACUGCGGGUGAAGUUAGAAAGAAAAUCGGAGAUGGACGUUUGCGGAGUCGAGUCGAUUGCAGUGUUGCAGAAUCUAGAAGUGCAAUGGUUCUGAGUGUCAAUGGGUUCGGAAGUGGCUUGAAUAGCGUGAGGGUGGUGGUGGGACGAUAUGCGGAAGAAGAACGUGAUGAUUGUGUGGUAUUGAAAGCAACAAAAGGGUAA